AUGCCUCUCCGCACCACCACCGACCCUCACAUCACCCGUACUGCCUCCUCUCAGCAACUAGACCAUUUUCAUCGUAAAUCUGCAACGACAGCCAUGCUACACACACUCGCAAACGCAAAUACCGCCCUCCUCCGUGGGCUCCCACUCUCUCCCAAAACCUUCGACUUUUCGAAAUUCAUCUUCCACCCUAGCUUUGAAUGCUCUGAGAACCAUGUGAAUACAGCUGCUUUGGCAGCAAACGGGGCUGAGCAUCAACAAGCUACAGCGACUGACCGAGCCCCUAUGGACAACGUAUUGCCACGCAGCCUGGAUGAUGGCAGUCAAGUUUCCGGCAUUAAGGAGUCUAUUCACUUUCCUUCAUGCGAUGCCAAAAGCAUCGACGAUAUGCACCAUCAGUUCAUGACGAAGGAGGCUGAGUACUGUUCGAAUAGCUCCAGUUCCAGCAGGAGUGGAUCUACAGGACGAACAUCUCCAGUCUCGGACCGAGAUUUGUCUAAGGCGCACGUUGUUAAUGCCGGAAUUCAAGAUCAAACGAUUGAGGAUUGGCUCGGCGAGGUAGGAGACGGGUAUGAGUCUGAUGUUACCACCAUUGGCCCGAGUGUUGAACGAGUUCAUCACGAGAAGAUGGAGGCAGCGCCUCGACAGAAUGACGAGAACGAAGACGACGAGUGCCAGGAUCCGAAGGAGCGACAUAUUGUGAUUAGAGGCGUCAACGCGGUGAUCCAAAACCAGGGUGAGGAUUCUGAAGAUGAAGAAAAUGCAUUUCCCACCAUCACCGCGAUGCCAAACGUUCUCAUGCAAGACGGGGCUCGCAUCUACAGGCCUGAUACCACUCCAUCUUUCAUGUCUGGUAUAGAAGCUGGUCCCCUCUUUCCGAAUGGAUUUACGACCUAUCCCGUCGUUCUUCCCCCUUAUCACCAGACCUUUGCCCAUGAAUAUCGACCGAAUCGCGUAGGCAGUAUCAUGAAGUACGCACAGCCAGGGCGCAUUCAGACAGAAGAAGCUCCCAAUCGCUCCAAGUUCGGCAGGGUGAAUGGCCGCGUCCCUUGGGUCUUUGAGUGGGAACCUCAAGAAGACCAAGAGGUGGAGCCCCCAAGGUCAGUCCUGAAGAAGGUUUUAUCGCGUCCAAGGAGCAAAGUGACUGCCUCCACGACCGUGCAGCCGGGGCCCGUAGUGCGUGCCAAACCACCCUCUACCCAAUUGUCCCGGCUAAUGGCACGUCUAGACGAGAUCGACAAGAAGCGAUCAGCGCCGCGAGAGGACAGCGGCGCCUUUCGCGCCCCUGGUGGGCCUAAUAAGGAGAAGUUGGUUAAAUCCGUGGAAAAGCAUCAAAUCGCUGGUAAGGUCGAAAGACCGCUAGUAAAAGACCAACUUCGUUCUACUAUGGCAAACGCGCCUUCAGUGGCUCCAAAAGCGUCGCAGGACGCGGUAGCUAUUGCUGGAACUCAAAAGAAAGUUCAUUUUGAGUUUGGAACUGAUACGGAGACAAUGUUCGGCCUACCUCCGUCCGUGACCAUUCGAAAGAAGGCACGCACUAUAAAGGUCGGUGCAGAACGCAAGGAGAGCAGCAAACCCCAAAAAGCCAAGCGUGUCAGCAAACCUGCAUCUGUUCAAAAAGAAGAAGUCUCACCGCCUGUCUUCCGAUCUCUAGACACGCCGACCAUCACCAACUCAUCCAACGUCGAGAAGCAGCGCCAACCGCCAAAGAAACCAACACAACUACCCGAAGACACCACCACCAAGUCCGCUAAACCACCACCUACGACAGACUGGUCUCAAGACGAAAAGUGGCUCCGACUGACCACUAUUGCUCUAGACAAAGGUGUUAGCGAUCCUCAGCUUGACGAAUAUUUCGGGAAAAAGAUGAACCUUCGAGCUGGCACACCGGAUACUGACUACGACCGCACUAUGACUGGAAGCAUGUUGCUGAAAUAUCCGCUGGAGACGUUCGUUCUUCUACUACUGGUGUUUAUUGCGGGUUGGCUGUUAUUCUACUACUUGGAGCUUGUUUGA